AUCGCCUAUUUUUCUCCAAACAACGAAAGGAUUUAUAUCUGGCAACUCUAGGUCACUGUUAGAAAGGGACACAGCGAACACUUAUAGCCUUCUCACUCGGGUUCAAUUUUAUUUUGCGUGCAAGAAGACUCUUAUGCCCUUAGCAUAACGUUUUAUUUUCUUUAUUUUAACAAGACAGAACUACAGAUAGAACUCGUUCAUGUUGUACGUAGUAACUACUUAAUACCUACAUGGUUAAUAGUUGAAACUUGAUAAGAGAUUUAAUCGAACACAUACGUUGAAGUCGGAAAUGGGAAAAUCCGAUUAAUCAUCAGAUGACAAUGUUCUCAUAUUCAACUAUAAAAAUAUUCUGGGUAUUACAGAUGCGGCAGUCGUUGUGGUGUAUUCCGGAACGGUGGUUGUUUCUUUGGAAUUGUUUCUUUUAUUUAACGCAUUUCCUAUCAUGUCUCUAGCUUUGGAGAAGUGUAGAUUCUGUCUAAAAUCUAAUGUUCAAUAUAAUUCUAUUUUCGACGCGUAUAACAAAAUAAUGUUUGCUCAAAUGGUGAUAGAAAUGACCAAAAUUAAGAUUCGCCUUAAUGAUGGACUGCCAAACAAGGUCUGCAUAACAUGCCUUAAGCGCCUUACAAAUGCGUACGAAUUUAAACUACAAUGUGAAAAAGUCGAUCGCGUGUUACAAGAAAACAUCAAAAAUAUGACCGUAAGAAACCAAAAUAAAGGAAACACAGUAACCCCGUCUCGAGAUGGAUUCUCACAAACCUCCAUACAACCGCCUGUAUCCAUAACAACAAGGCCUACACCCGUAACCAGCACACCUUCUUCUGAUAUUCGUAAAAGCCACACCCAGGUCAAUCAAUAUUCAAACCAAAGUAACCAUAUUCAAGCAAAUUCUGGUGAAAACAGUAAUAUAUAUAAUUCAAAUCACGCCGCAACUCCACAAAAAAUUGUUGCGUCAACUUCUAAUGCAAAACCAAGUACUUCAAACAUCAUAAAACCAUCAAUACCUGAAACAUAUAAUUGUACAACUUGUAAAAAAGCAUUUAAAUUAUUUAUCGCAUUUAAAAAACAUUCGAAUAAAUGUCGCAUAUUGUAUAACACACAGAAAAGAAUCAAAGCAUUGAUUGGAAAACAAUUAAAACCGCAAGUGAAAUCUGAUUAUAUAUGUAUUUAUUGUCACAAGCAAUAUAAAAACAUUUCAAAUUUAAAUAGACAUCUCAUUCGCGGUCAUAGUAAAAUCCUACAUGCUUUAUCAUUCUCCACAUGAUAGCCACUUUAUAUCCGACCCUUAUCCGAUGGAGGAGACGCACAUAAAGAGGAUAUUUCCCCUUCCUGUGCGUCUCCUCUACCGUCAAAUCCACUUCGCCUU